CCAUAGCGUACUUUUCUUUGCCAUGCUACAGACCUUCUAUCCCUUCAUUUUACUCUCCUCUCUUCUGCUUCCCUCCCUUUUUCCCUCCCCCUGCUUUCUCUCCCUCUGCACUUUGUGAACUGCUGCUGCGGUGCUGAAGUCCAAAGUUCAGUAACUUGCUAAGCACACAGAUAAAUAUGAACCUUGGAGAAUUUACAUUGCUCCAAUGUAAACAGAUAGCCAAGGGUCCCUUUAUCAGCACUGGCUCAGGACAGCUGUGGGGGGUCUGAAGUGGCUCAAUUUUGUAUUUUGUUUUUGGUUUUGUCUUUGAGGAGGGGGGGACGGAAAGGCGGGAGGCUGCGCUGUGCCCACUCUCCUGACAGUCGGGCGCGUUACCUCGGGAACAUGGUGUAGGGAAGCUGGAAGCAGGAUAACCCGAAAUUCCAACCCAAGAGACACCAGCCUGAAGACCAUGGUCUCGAAGCUGAGUCAUCUUCAAGUGGAGCUGCUGGGAGCGCUGCUGGAGUCGGGACUGACCAAGGAGACCCUGAUUAAGGCGCUGAGCGAAGCGGAACCCUACGUGCUCCAGAGCGAAAGUCAGCGUGCUAUCAAUGCGCUCCAGACGGAGAAAGGGGAACCCUGUCCCGACAUCCCCAACGGAAUCGGGGAGUCCAGGCUAUCGGAAGAUGAAACCUCUGAUGACGGGGAGGAAUUUACCCCUCCAAUAAUGAAGGAGCUGGAAAACUUGAGCCCUGAGGAGGCUGCUCACCAGAAGGCUGUGGUGGAAAGACUAUUACAAGAGGAUCCCUGGCGAGUAGCAAAGAUGGUGAAAUCCUACCUCCAGCAGCACAACAUCCCCCAGCGUGAGGUGGUGGACACGACUGGUCUGAACCAAUCGCACCUCUCGCAGCACCUCAACAAGGGCACUCCCAUGAAGACCCAAAAGAGGGCAGCCCUCUACACCUGGUACGUCCGCAAGCAGCGAGAGGUGGCGCAGCAAUUCACACACGCUGGCCAGGGCAUUCUGACAGAGGAGCCCAUGGGAGAUGACCUGCCCACCAAGAAGGGAAGAAGAAACCGCUUUAAGUGGGGUCCUGCCUCCCAACAGAUCCUGUUCCAAGCCUAUGAGAGACAGAAAAACCCCAGCAAAGAAGAGAGAGAGGCACUGGUGGAAGAGUGCAACAGAGCAGAGUGUAUUCAGAGAGGUGUUUCCCCAUCUCAGGCCCAGGGCCUGGGCUCAAACCUGGUGACAGAGGUCAGAGUCUACAACUGGUUUGCCAAUCGCAGGAAGGAGGAGGCUUUCCGGCACAAGCUGGCCAUGGACACCUUCAGCGGACCGCAGCCCAGCUCUGCUCCCCCGCUAACUCCUCACAACUCUUCCUCCCUCCAGCCAACAUCUGCUCUCUCACCCAGCAAAGUUCACGGAGUGAGGUACAACCAGCAGCCAGCCAGCGAGGCAGAGUCCUCCAGCAGCAACCACCAUGGGAACAGCUCCAUGGUGACCACCCAGACCAUCCUGCACCAGGUUUCUCCCCCUGGACUGGAGCCCAGCCAGAACCUCCUGAGCACAGACACUAAGCUGGUCUCGGCUCCCGGAGGAACUCUCCCUCCUGUCAGCACCCUGACCGCCCUGCACAGCCUCGAGCAAAACCCACACACGCUGAGCCAGCAAACUCAGAACCUCAUCAUGGCAUCCCUGCCAGGGGUCAUGGCCAUCGGAGCGGGCGAGACCUCGUCCCUAGCGCCAGCGUUCACCAACACCGGAGCCUCCACCCUGGUGAUCGGCCUGGCCUCAACCCAGCCCCAGAGCGUCCCUGUAAUAAACAGCAUGGGGAGCAGCCUCACCACCCUGCAGCCCGUCCAGUUCUCCCAGCAACUGCACCCGUCUUACCAGCAGCCCCUCAUGCAGCAGGUCCAGAGCCACAUCAACCAGAGCCCCUUCAUGGCUACCAUGGCUCAAAUACAGAACCCUCACGCUCUCUAUGGCCCCAAGUCUGAAGUGGCCCAAUAUACACAUACAGGCCUCUUGCCACAAACCAUGGUGAUAACAGACACAGCCAAUCUCAGCACUCUGACUAACCUGACACCAACUAAACAGGCAUUCACGUCUGACUCAGAGACUCACACAGAGUCUGGGAUGCAUACACCAGUGUCACAGGCACCAACGAUACAUUUACAGAACCAAGACACAACCAUCCAGCACCUCCAGCCGGGCCCUCGCCUCACCUCAAGCCCUGCUGUGUCCUCUAGCAGCCUGGUGCUCUACCAAAGCUCUGACUCCACCAACAGCCACAGCCAGCUGCUGCCAUCCACUCACAACGCCAUGGAGACCUUCAUCUCCACGCAGAUGGCAUCCUCCACCCAGUAAUCCCGACAGCUAGCCCAAGGGUGACUGCCACAACCAACCCACCAGGUGCGACUCCAGCUGUGUCUGCCGCUCAGCCGCCCUCCAGCCCCGUACAAACCCUCGCCCAUCUGCCUCCGGGAGAGAAGGUAUCUGACUCAAGCCAGGAGCCAUGGAAAGAUGAUGCUGGCACUGCUAAAAUCCACUGCCCCCCAAUAAAACAAGCAAACCCAAACCCCACGAGCCAGGCUAAAACGACCAGAUGUCCUUUGGAAUCCCAUCAAGAUGGAUCUGAAUGCAAUACAGCAAAAAAGUCAGGGCGUGGAUGGGACAUUCAUUCUGCUCAGCCUUCAGCAAGCUGGGCCUGUACAAACCUGCCAACACCAGGCUAGGCCUCGCACGAAGGAGCAAAGCUGAGCUGCUGAAGAAGAGACACCAUCUUUAAUACACCUCUUUGGCUGUAAAGACACACCAGUGGGAACUCUGAGAAAUAAUAGUAUCUUGGAGGCAAGACUGAGAGAACCUGGAUCUUGACUGCAAUGAGAAUCACCAAGGAACAGAUUCAGGAAUGGCUUGGCACAAAACCAUCAGUAUGGGAUCACUGACUACAAGCUACAAAUCCUUUAAUUAACUACAAAAAUACCAAACAUCCUCUGUUAAAAAUGACCUGCUCUAAAAUCAUGCUAUAUUAGUGGAAAUGGCUUGGUUAUUUUUAAUAUAGCUCUGCUUUGUUUUAAAUGCAGAAAUAAAAGUUUAAC